AUGGGAUCAGUCAAAUUGAACUGAUAAGUCCGUAAAUCACUUAACUUUAAAACGGCAGAGGUUGAGGAGAGAAACUGUAGACCUAAUGUGGCCUAUCUAAUCAAAAAAUGCACAUUUGGCGCACAAUUCCGUCGUCGACAACCAAUCCUAGUCUCUAUUCGAAAAUGUUUGGCACAUUGAAAACUUUGCUCUGGCGACGAAGACUAGUGGGCUUGGUAUGGAGAUGCUAUAUGUAUAUUUGAUACAUACCAAUCUUGCUAGGCUAUCUGUAUAAAUUACAUUUAAUAACUUACACUUCGAAUGAUAAAAUGCACUAGGUGUCACGUGCGCGUCCUACGGCUCCUCUUAAAGUGAAAUUAGAGGCACCUGUUGCGCUUUUGCCUCACGAAAGGAAAACCGUGUGGUCCCUUUCGUUGAUGCGGAAAGUUGGCAGAGUUUUAUAAUAUACUUUGCACAUUUAGUAUGUCUUAGUGACAACAUUACAAUGAAGAACACCCUGAAGAAAUAUUUUGCAAACAUGGACGAAUAUUUCGCCAGAAAUGGUCUUUACAGAAAAAUGGUGGCUCGAGAUGGGUCUUGUCUAUUUCGAGCCGUUUCUGAACAGCUGUACUACACUCAGUUCUAUCACCAGAAAGUAAGAACUGACUGUGUUAAUUUCAUGAGAAGCAACAGGAGCAUCUUUGAGACGUAUGUUGAAGGGUCUUUCGAGAAAUAUCUUGAACGUUUGGAAGACCCAAUGGAAACUGCAGGUCAAGUGGAGAUCAAGGCCUUGUCCCUGCUUCAUAGGCGGUGCUUUGUGAUCUAUAGGUAUCCUGGCGGUCCUCCAACAGAGAUCACACAGGAUGACUUCGUGGAUAAGAUUUUGCUAUGUUACUCCAACACCAAGCACUAUGACAUUGUCUACCCGAAGACCUAUGUCCCUUCAGCACGAAUAUGUCAAACAUUGCUCUAUGAGAUGCUGUACACCCAGGUUCUGGGCGUGGAUCCCAAGGACCUCCAGACGGCCACAGAGGUGUGGCACACCCGGCGCCACAGGAACAGCCACUCCAUGUGCAGUGAUGAAGGGGGCUACGAUACCCCUGAUGAGAGGAGAGAGGAUUGGGACCUGGAUGGCAAUUAUCAUAUUGAAGAUGAGGCAAGGCUGGAACUAGAUGAAUCAAAGGUUACAGAGGAACCAGCUACAUUCACUUUAACCUACCAAGUUGUCAAAUCUCUGGAUCCCAAUGUGUAUCGCAAUGUCGAGUUUGAUGUCUGGCACUUCACACGCCGAGAGCUAAGGAAGACUGAUUUCAUAGUAAUCGCAGGUAGACAGUACUUCUUGGGAGACAAAUGUCAGGUGCGCCUUGAUCCCAAGGGGAGGUACUACAACGCCUUUAUCCAGGAAGUGGGCACUAAGACCAGCGUAGUCACGGUGUUCAUUGAGGAGCUUGGAGAGCGGAUCCAGGUGUCCUUGGCUAACUUGAAGCCGGUGAAUCCUGUUCCUGCAUGUCAGGUGACGCCCAUCAGCCAAGGAGGCUCCUCUGACCAGUACUCCACAGAUCAGGAUUUUGAGGUACGAGGGAGGCGGCGCUUCUAUCGCAAGCCCCGUGCUAUUGCAGUGCCCCUUCCCUGUUCCCGCGCACAGCCUGGCAUGGGUCCCCGCUUCCAGCCCGCCCCCGGGAACAUGCCCCCUGGCCGGCCAGCCGGGUUCCACGGACCCCCGAUGCCCCCUAGAGGCAUGGAGUGCGAGCACUACCGCCCGCACCCCCACCCCAACCCUCGGGCCCACCGCGGCGCCGGCUCCCCCAGACGCUCCUCUCGCUUUGUGAAUCGCCAUCACCUCAUUGGGCCAGAGGUGUCCUUUUAUCACAAUGCUGGCAAGCGCUGUUACCAGAGCUUUGAAAACUACUCCUUCAGACCUCGAGUCCGGCGCCACAUGCAAACUAUUGCCAAGGAGUGCCAGUUCAGCUUGGUUCCCAGUGGUGCGGAGGAGAUCCAAGAUAUGGGGGGUCCAGUAACCUUCUAUGAUCUUGACAAAGGCAGCCAGAAUGCCUUUCCCCCUUUGCAGGGCCAGCCAGUGGGGCGGCCGAUGGUGGCAGCGGCUGCGUCCUACUGGGUGCCCCGAGGGUGUAGCCCCUCCCCCACGCCCAGGGACCAGGCCGUCACCUCCUCAGAGGAGGACACUGACGAGAGGAGCACUGCAGGAGAGCAGGGAGAAUAUUCGGGGGACUAUGUUUACUCUGCAGGAGAUGCUGGAUAUGAGAACCCGUCAGUUUACACGGCAGCAGAGUCUACAGCCAACUUGACCAUCCAGGAAGGUGGCUCGUGCACUGGUUCAACACAAGAGGGCGCCGCUACAUACAGCUACUCUCAGCAGGUGGUGGUCAAAUCUGCUGUGAUCGCGUCUUCUCAACCGGUCACCCACCCCACAGCUGAUCUCUUCACGGCCAACUCCUCAUCCACUUCCUCCUCCAGGAGCUCGGACACACCACCGGACUCCCAGCCCUCCUACAUCGCCCACCAUGGGCAGGCCCCAGCAGCUAGGCCAGGUAUAUUCAUGUCUUACCCGUGGCAUGUUAAUGAGAUGGCCGAGGCAGUAGGAAUGGUCGCUCCGCCACCCUACUCCUGUGACCCCAAUGGGAAUGACCUUCCCGACGACUAUAAAGUUAUUCAGUACUAUUUCAACCUUGGAGUGCAGUGCUAUCAGUCGUAUUUGCACUCCAUGGUGCACUCGCACCCGGCCUACCAGCAGCAGGGCACGGAGGGCCAGUGCCAGUCCUACCCCAGUAACGCCCUCGACCACACGGUGCCCGAGUCCUACUCCGAGCCGGGUGGCGCAGGGCUCAACGCACAGACGGAGGCGCCCACCCAUGGCCCCCCUUGAGCUUGGACCAGCCCCCUGCUGCCCCCCCUGGCACGGUCUUCUACCCCCUGGUGCAGGAGCCCCGGAGCCAGUCCUUCCUCCCCCACCUGUACGAGCCCUACAUGCCCCCUCUGCCGCCCCCGCCGCCCCCUGCCACCUACCACUACGUCGCCACCUGGAUCCCCGGGGCCCCGGGACAGCCCUGGGUGCACGCCCACCCGAUAGACUACAACACUGCGCACCCCCAGCACCACUCCCGCCCACCACACAACGCCCACCUCGUGCACCACCUGCCCCCCAACGUGUAGCAGCCACCCCAGGGUGGAGGGGGCACCACCCAACGUGUAGCAGCAGCACCCCAGGGUAAAGGGGGCACCACCAGGCACCUUGUUUAUGUUUUCACCUCAGAGAUGUGAUUCGGGCCUCGCCUUGAGGCUUUUUUUUCCCCCCAUGUUGAAGCAUCGCUUGUCUUUCUCACGGUUUGUUGUUACAGGGUUGAUAUUUUUGCACAUUGGAAGGCACAGGGUUCCCACGGUUACUGCUGGUCUGAAUGUGUCUCUUGGGCCGCUUCUGUCCGCUUAGCUCAGGUGAAAUCUGAAUCUGGUUUUCCCUAUGCGUGUGUUACCAGUGUUUCCUAAGGUUUAGAAUUGUGUCAGGAUUUUAUUUUGUUAAAUGGUCACUUUCCACA